AUGGCCGAAGUCCAAGCACCAGCGCUGGCGCCGCAAUCCCAGCUGACGGAGGUGUCAUUUCCCCUCCCCAACGCUCUACACACAACAGCCCACGUCCACCUCACUGUGCUGGACACCUGUGCGAUGGUCUUCCUUGCUACUUCAACACCGGGAGACUCAUCCGGAACAGUGAAACCGAUGGGGAGUUUCAUUUACGCCAUGCCUGACCGCGUGUCUCCUCGCUCCACCAUCUCGACAACGUUAUACACCUCUCCCUCGACAGAAGAAUACGCCACUCGAAUAGCUAAAAUUCUGGCCCGGCGCAUGGGUGUGCCCGUUUACGUUGGAUGCAGCAUUGACCCGGUCGCGCUUGGGCUCCUGCCUGAGGAGGAAAUGGAGGGCCUGACGGGAAUUGUGGAUAAGGUGAUGGCCAGAUGGGAUGAGCGGAAGGGCUCCGCAUGA